AUGGCUCCCAAGUUGAAUUCAAAUGACUUUGAUAGCUCUGAGUCUGCGCCAUGCAAGGCGCCCUCGGACGAGACGCCAUCGGGUACCCCAGACCUAACUCAGGUCUCCCAAGCCUUUCAGUCUCAACUCCGGUCUUCAAGCAGAGGAUCGGGUGAAAUUGGCCGAUCUGCACACUUUUCGAGGCUUCUGCGACGUCAACGCCCUCGACCCGUUCCCCUCAACAUCUCUCAACAGACAAACGAGGCUGCGCCCCUUACAGCCGCUGAGAACUCGCCUCCGCCGCCUCCUCCGACACCUCUUCUUGCGGGAUGCCCUGGUCGUGAGAUUUCGGGCGCAACUUGCAACGGUCGAGAGUGGGCUUGCGACUUUGACAAGCCUCCUGUCUUAAUGCACCCUCACGACCUAUCUAAAACGGCAUUCCACGAGCACCCUCUGGCGCAACACAUCAUGCUGGAAAAGGGAUGGGAGAUGGAACAGCUUGCUCUCUUUGGUCUCAUUCUCCCUGAGAAGGUCGACAACGGAUCUCCAACUUACACAUGGGACAGCGACUCGGAAGCAGAGGAGGGCUCGAACAAGUCCUCGAUGAUCGACAAAGAGGCUAAGACGCCACUGAAACUACCUGCGGCCCCGGAGCGGUCACGUACCCCCUCCAAAAUUCUCCACAAGGUCAAGUCCUUUGCCAACUUUAUUGCCAACUCCGACCUCGAAAAGGACGUGCCUGAGCUCCCGAAGCUCCCGGACCUUCUUGAUCAGUUUGGUUUACCGCCUGGGGCCCCAAUUGAACCAACCUCUCGAACUUUUAUUCGACCGGCUCGAUCCAGCAGCUCUCUUCGUCCCAAGGCGUUCAUUCGAACGGUCCCCAGCGCUACCAUGCUGCGAGAGAAGCGAAGCGCGGGUAUCGAUAAGUCCCAGAUAUCCAAUCCUGUUGCUCCUGAAGAGAAGAGACGCGCUGGAUCGGACUUCAGCCAGGCGUUUGCUCGACGCAAGGGAACAGCCGAAGGCGAGCGCUCCUCAUGUUUAGCGGAGUCUGUACGCAGCCCUUCGAACUUGGUUUCCCCUUCGUUGUCGACGAAACUUCCACUCUAUCUUCUCCAGCCACAGCAUCCCACUGUCUACUUUGGCAAAAAUGAAGCACCUCCCAAAUUUCGACUUGCGCCCCCCAGACUGUCUCCUAUGGAGUACGCCCGCCAGUAUCUCCUAGCCAAGACAAAGGCAGACAAAGAGGAUGCGGAGUGUACUGUUUCCAAACCGAUCCUGAUCUGGGUCUGGACAGAGGACUACCGAGAGUUUCUCUUGCUUCCCCACAUCCCCAAGGGCAUCCAGAGAAACUUUUUGCCCAGCCAUGACAAAGACUGGAAGAAGUCUGACUUUAUGAGACCCUGUUCCGACCUCUAUGCAAAGGGCAUGGAGGGUUUUUUGCUUACACCUCUUCCUUUGGACCUUGCCCCUUCGUCUCCCCUUUUGCCAGCUUGCUUCUUUGGCAGCUUACACUCUCCAGGCAGCUCGACCCACGAGCGCAGCAUGUCAAUUGGUACCUUCACCAUCGAUCAACCUGUCCCAACUGAGAGCCAGAAGAGCCUACUCCAGUCAACUAAGUCACUCCUCAGUGACCCAUCAGCUUCUAUCCUCAGAGAGCAUACUGACUUCUUUGUUGCUGUUCAUACAAACAACAGGAGCGAAUCCACAAGACUUUCCCAGUCUCACCUGCCUUCCUCUUUCCACAGGGACCAAAGUACAAGACAGUACCAUCUGCUUACUCCUCAAAAAGCAGCUAGCGCAACGCCCUCCACAGACUCCUUUGCUACUACUCUUUCUGCCCCUUUUGUUCCUGGGCAAAUUUCAGUUGGCAGAAGCUCUGAAGGCAGCAUACCUACAAACAGUGCAGUUUCUCAGCCAUCUUCUGCAGCCUCUCCACAGCAAACAAUCACUGCGGCGCCUGGGGUUGCAAACACAGAGGAGGCUUAUCAAAACCUGCUAUCACCAAUGCAAAGAACAACAGAAAACAAGCAUCAAGAACCAGCAGCCUUCCUCCAGAUAUCCUGCCCAGACUCUGUACUCUCCCAUUGCCCUGUUGUAAGACCUUGCUCCCCUUUCCUCACAAUUGAGAGAGAUGAGCUCAACGUCUCGCCUAGAGAUCCAAGCGAUGACGGAUUGCCCCUUGCCUUGGUUUCUCCCCUUAGCAGCUCUCCUGCAUCAGCGCAGACCAAACAGCCCAAAGCUUUCCCCCCUUCUCAGGCAACUCAGAACCCUGCCCCCCCUUACAACAGGUUGGGUGAUGGUCAGACCCAACAUCCAACUGACGAGACGUACUCACAAGCUAUCUCAGAUGGCGGAGCUGACCUUGCAGACACCUCUUCAGUUUACUCACAAGAUAGUGUCAUCACAGUCGUCCAUCAUCCUGUGGCUAAAGGUAACCACAUGCCUCCUAGCUCUAUGUUGCAUGCGCGCACAGCUAGCGAGACUGGACAAACUUACGUAGGCCUAGGUCAACAGCAGAACAUUUCUUCCAACACCAUUCAUCCAAGAGGAAGAACCUUUCACCAAUCACCUACUCUGCUGCCUCUUGCAUACAUCCCUAACACUCAGUCUGCCUAUUUGCAUGCUACAAGUGAGCAACCUCAGGACUUCCAUGUUGACUAUCAAUCUCAAGCACCCUCUGGCAUUAUCAGUAAUGCGCCAACUUGGGCCACUAGUUCUACUUUGUACCAACGCGACCAUCAUUCCACAGUUUCCAACACAAGUCUUAUCUCACAGCCGUUCGCGUCCAUAUCAGCAGCCUCACAUUGCUCCCAGACUCCAGUCUCUACUUCCAACCUGCUACCAGGCUGCUUCUCUGACAGCAAGUAUGGUUGUGGCUCUCGCAUUGAAGGGACAGCCCCCAAAGCACCUUUCAACAUCUCAUACCAAAGCAGCAACAUCUCAAGGCUGCCUAUCCUCACCUCAGUUGCUGAAAGCCCAUCUUCUUCUUCAAACCUUCAAAUGUUAGUCACUUCGCCUUCGACCUGUAUCCCUGGCGAACCUCAGCAGAAACAUCUACCCAAGCAACCAGACUCAUCUGAAGAAGACGCGGCCACCAAAAUAAUCGAGUCACGCAACCCGGAUCUCUCACCACUUCAAGUUCGUCGACGCAGAGCCGUCGAGCAUCUUCCCUACAUCCCAGUCUCUCAGAUUUACCCACAACCACUGCGGAUCAAUACGAUGAAGUCUCCUAAUCGGGCAAGCGCAAUGUCUCCUGGCGAUGGCACUGCCUCUGACUCCAGCAUCGGUACCGCCACCCGAUCGGCUUCAAGUCUCAUCAUGGACGUUAACGCUGAGGUCGAUCGCGAGAUGGAAGAGGUCCUCUUGCCCCGGACCACGGCUCUUGUUGCUGCGUCGGACUCAGCCAAAGAGGGGGAUAAUUUCAAUACUCCCGCCCGUCGCGCCCCCCAUAAACCACGCUCGUUCCCCAAGCCGGUUCCUUGGUCGCCUCCUAUUCACCCCCCGCCCAACAAGCCGCUGCCUCCCAUCCCUCGGAAGAAGAACACCCCGUCGGAAACUCCUCCUCGCACGUUUGUUAACGUCGACUGCGGCUCUGGCUCCACUGUGUCUCGAGCUCUGACUCUCUCUCACGCUGCCGCCGUCUCUCGCGCCAAGGCUGCCUCUCUCGCACCGGUUAUCACGCAAACACCGGGACCGGUUCGCCCUCUCCUGUCCAUUGCCACGCCCACGUCCGAAGUCUACGACCCAUAUCCGUCGCCAAGAGUCAUCUGGACCAACGGAGAUGUCACUGUUUCCGAUUUCUCGAUCCCGAAGCGCAUUGUACGCCCUGCGGCCUACAUGACAGUGAUCGCUCCUCGCCCGCCUUCUCUUAUGAAUCAGCGACAACAGCAGGUUCGCCCUCAAGAGUCGGCUGUGAAUGUCAACAAACCAGCAUCUGCUGCUGUACCUGCCGGUAUAAGUUCGCCUGCGCCCUCCCGCUCUCCCUUCCUAGGUAAGAUGGCCUCGAUGACCGAUAUGAAGAACCGAAAAGAGACGGUUUCUGGUUACUCAAGUGGAAGUGGCAGCGGUAGCGGUAGCGGCAGCGAAGAUGCUAUCGGCAUGAGAACCUUCCUCGGAGAGGACCUCGCGUCUGCUCCCGCGCUGGCCGAGGAGAAACCCCAGAGUGAGAAGUCUGCUGACCGCCGCAAAAAGAAGUUCUUUGGAAGCCUCUUCCGCAGAAACAAAAAGACAGAAAAGAAGUAA